AUGGACGACUCUCAGGCCGUCGUGUCGUCCCAGGACGCCGAGGUGCCGGUCGCCGACCGUGUCGACGGUCCCAGCCUCCUCGACCAUGUCUCCCGUCUCCACCCCCUCAAGCUCAACCCCCUCAAGCUCAACCCCCUCCAGCUCCACCCCCUCGACCCGCCACGACCGCCUCUCCGGCCGCUCGCCGAGGUCAUGCCCCCUCUGCUGCUCGGCACGGCCACCUUCAACACCCAGUACGUGGCCGACCCGGCCCAGAUGCCGUACCGUGCCAUCGUGCGCCGCGCCCUGGUCGAUCUGGACGUGCGCGGCUUCGACACGUCGCCGUACUACGGGCCAUCCGAGGCGCUGCUGGGCGAGGCUCUAGAGGCGGCGACGGACUCUUCAACGGUCCCGCGGUCCUCCUACUUCCUCGAGACCAAGGCCGGCCGCGUCCACAGCGCCGGCUUCGACUACACACCGGCAGCCGUGCAGGCCAGCGUGCGCCGGUCGCUCCAGCGCUUGCGCACGUCCUAUGUCGAUCUGGUAUAUGCGCACGACGUCGAGUUCGUGACGGCGGCCGAGGUCGUGGCAGCAGUGCGAGCACUGCGGGCGAUGCGAACGGACGGAAGCGAGAAAGGGGCUCUCCGCUAUGUCGGCAUCUCCGGCUACCCGGUCGAUGUGCUGGCCGGACUGGCCGAACAGAUCCUGCACGAGACCGGUGAGCCGAUCGAUGCGGUGCUCAGCUAUGGGCAUUGCACCGUGCAGAACGAGCAGCUGUUGCGGAAGUUGCCGGUGGCCGUUUCCGGUUCUUCCGUUUCCACCGUUUCCACCGUUUCCACCGUUUCCACCGUUUCCACUUCCACUUCCACUUCCCCCCUCUCUCGAUUUCACGCCGCCGGCGUCUCCGUCGUCCUCAACGCCAGCCUCCUCAACAUGGGCCUUCUCACGACUCGUGGUGUCGCCUCUGGUCCCCUUGCUGCCUGGCAUCCCUCGCCGCCUGGCCUCCGACUCGCUUGCCAGCAGGCCGCCGCCGUCUGUCGCCAGCAGCUCGGCCUCAGUCUCGAGCACGUGGCCCUGCGAUAUGCACUCGAUCUCUGGGCACGAACUGCUGCUGAUGCCGGACUCGGGACCAAGGCCGUUGGACAAGACCCUAACACCUCUUCUUCCACCUCCACCCCCUCCAUCGGCCCCUCUGUUCUUGGCGUAACCUCCGUCGACGAACUCACCGAGACCGUCCUUGAGUGGUGGAGCGUUCUCGACCGUCUCGGCAUCCCCCAUCGAUCCGUUCCUGAAGACGACACCAUCGCUACUACCACUACCACUACCACCACCACUUCUGACCCCCUCAACAUCACCGCCUUCGUCCACGACCACCUUUGGCCCGUCCUCGGCACCUGGAAGGACUAUGCCUGGCAGAGUCCUCCUGCCGACUGGACCAACCAGCUCACUUCCCAAGACGCUCCAACCCGAUAG